AUGAAGCCCGUCGUCAGCGCCGGCCACGCCUGGUCCUGCACCGUCGUCUCGGUAUUUGCCAUUGUUAUUCUGUCCGCCCUGGCGAUUGUGUACCGCAGCGGCCACGAGGAGUUUGUCGGCGGCAACGAGGAUCCCACGCCUGAGGAAGGCGUCGCCAUUUCGGGCACCAUCCUUACGGCGGUAUUUGUCUACCUUGGCUUCUUCGUCUUUUGUGGCUGCCAAGGCAUGCUCCACGUGCGCGAGAACCGACGAGGCAGCAUUGCCCUAUAA